CCUUCCCUCCCCCAUCUGCUCGUUUCCCACUUCCCUUUCUCUCCGCCAACCAGCCCCCUCCUUCCUUCUUAAAAAAAAAAAAAAAAAAAAGGAAAAAAAAAUGUAUAGUCAGGGCUUCCCAAAUGCGCGCCCCCGACCUAGUGCCAAGCGCGCCCCCUUCAUUUGUUCCCCUUCUUGAAGCUCAUUUUCAUGACGUGGAAAAGCCUGAUCCUGGGCAACAACACCAUCUCACACACACACACACACACACACAAGGAAGGAGAGAAGCCCAAGCCCGAGAUCCUCCGCCGCGCCCCAGCCCUCCCGCUCCGCGCUGCCGGUGCCCGGAGAAGGCGGCGGCGGCGGCAGCGGCAGCGCUGGAGCCUGCAGCAGACCCUCUCCGCCUCCCUCCUCCAUUGAGUGUGCCAAACAGCAGCUCUGCAUCCUAAAGAAGAUCAUUGAGGGGCUCAUUGCAUUCCCAGCACGUCUCAGGCUUGCUUCUUUUUUUUUUUUUAUUCUGCUUCUGCCUUUUUUUUUUUUUUUUUUUUUUUUUUUUUUUAUUUCCUCAGCUUCAGCAGGAGUAGAGAGAGGGAGAGAGAGAGACACACAGAGAAGGGAGAGACAGAGAGAAACCAGCAAUCUUUAAACUCGAGCUUUUUUUUCCCUCCCCUUCCUCUCUUUGUUUUAUUCCGUUUUUGGUUGGUUUUGGUUUUUUUUUGGUAACGAUGUGCUAAAAUCUCUCCUGCAAAGCGGGGAGGGUUUCAUUUGCAAGUCGAUCCUAAGGAUUUCUCCUCUGGCAUUUCUCUCCCCUAAAUGCAUCGUUUUGGCUCUUAAGUUUGUGGAUGGGGGACAAAAUUCUCUAGUCCUUGCACGAGGAAGGCAAAAAAUAAAGGACCUUUUUCCUCUUGAAAGAUAAAGACUAAAAGCAACGAUCGCUUCCAACAAUUCUAAUGGGCAUUUCAGUGAUCCAAGGAAGGCUGCAUCACCGCUGCUAUUAUCACCAGCCUUAGCAUCUCCCUGUGCCCAUACAUUCGAAAUAUCUGGUGCAAGGAAGGGUGAAACCAUAUGUUGAAGAAGCUGCAUCUCAUUAGUACAGUAUUAUUUUCAUCUGACUGGAGAAGAAUGGUGUCUUCAUUCGGGAACCUAUAUAGUAGGAUAGCUAAUUUACUGGCGGUUUUGUAAACAUCAACGAAUGAUGAAACCUUCCACGGCAGAGACGUUUCAUAAAGGAAGGAUGUUGUGGAUAAUUCUUCUAAGCACAAUUGCUCUAGCAUGGACUACACCAAUUCCCUUGAUAGAGGACUCGGAGGAACUUGAUGAGCCCUGCUUUGAUCCAUGUUACUGUGAAGUGAAGGAGAGCCUUUUCCAUAUACACUGCGACAACAAGGGAUUUAUAAAUAUUAGUCAAAUAACAGAGUCGUGGUCAAGACCUUUUAAGCUUUAUCUGCAGAGGAAUUCCAUGAGGAAAUUGUACACCAACAGUUUUCUUCACUUGAACAACGCUGUGUCCAUUAACCUUGGGAACAAUGCACUGCAGGACAUUCAGACAGGAGCUUUUAAUGGGCUCCGGGUCCUGAAGAGGUUGUAUUUGCACGAAAAUAAAUUGGACAUUUUCAGAAACGACACUUUCCUGGGUUUGGAAAGUCUGGAAUAUCUGCAGGCAGAUUACAAUGUCAUUAAACGGAUUGAAAGCGGGGCGUUUCGAAACCUGAGUAAACUGAGGGUCCUUAUCCUAAAUGACAAUCUUAUCCCUAUGCUUCCCACCAACUUAUUUAAGUCUGUGUCCUUAACCCACUUGGACUUGCGUGGGAACCGGCUAAAAGUCCUUUCAUACCGUGGGAUGCUGGACCACAUUGGAAGGAGCCUCAUGGAAAUCCAGCUGGAGGAGAACCCAUGGAACUGCACGUGUGAGAUCGUGCAGCUGAAGAGCUGGCUGGAGCGCAUCCCCUACACCGCUCUGGUGGGGGACAUAACCUGCGAGACUCCCUUCCACUUCCACGGGAAGGACUUGCGGGAAAUCAAAAGAAGUAAGCUCUGCCCGAUGCUGUCCGACUCCGAGGUGGAAGCCAGCCUGGGCAUCCCUCAGCUGUCGUCGAGCAAAGAGAACGCGUGGCCUACAAAGCCUUCCUCCAUGCUGUCCUCCUUCCAUUUCACCGCUUCUUCUGUUGAGUACAAAACAUCCAACAAGCAGCCCAAACCAACCAAGCAGCCCAGGGCACCUCGGCCUCCCCCGACAUCCCGCGGCCUGUACCCUGGGCCGAACCAACCACCCGUGGCUGCCUACCAGACUCGUCCUCCCAUCCCCAUCAUCUGUCCUACUGGGUGCUCUUGCAGUUUGCACAUCAAUGACCUGGGCCUGACAGUCAACUGCAAGGAGCGAGGGUUUCACAACAUCUCCGAGCUCCUGCCCAGGCCUUUGAACGCCAAGAAGCUGUACCUGAGCGGGAAUUUGAUCCAGAAAAUCUACCGCUCUGAUUUCUGGAAUUUUUCCUCUUUGGAUCUCUUACACCUGGGGAACAACAGGAUCUCUUAUGUGCAGGAUGGGGCUUUUAUCAACCUGCCCAAUCUCAAGAGCCUGUACCUGAAUGGCAACGACAUCGAGCGGCUCACCCCGGGCAUGUUCCGGGGCUUGCAGAGUUUGCAUUACCUGUACUUCGAGUACAACCUGAUCAGGGAAAUCCAGCCGGCGGCCUUCAGCCUCAUGCCCAACCUGAAGCUCCUCUUCCUCAACGACAACCUGCUCCGCACCCUACCCACUGAUGCCUUUGCCGGCACCUCCUUGGCCCGCCUCAACCUCCGUAACAACCAUUUCUUGGCGCUGCCAGUGGCCGGGGUGCUGGAGCAUCUUCACGCCAUCGUCCAGAUCGACCUGAAGCUCAACCCUUGGGACUGCACCUGCGAGUUGGUGCCUCUCAAGCAGUGGUUGGAGGCUCUUAGUUCCGUCAGCGUGGUGGGCGAGGUGCUGUGCUCCAGCCCCGAGCGCCUUGCCCGCCGCGACCUGCGUUCCCUGGAGCUGGCGGCCCUUUGCCCUGCCGCCCUGCGCCCCGCUGCCGCCGCCGCUGCAGCCGCUUCGCCCCCCGCCGCCCCUCCGCCUCCGGCCGCUACCGGUGCCGCUGCCUACGAGCUGCCAUCGGCCACGGCCGCCGUGCCGCUCUCCGUCCUCAUCCUCAGCCUCCUCGUUCUCUUCUUCUCCGCCGUGCUGGUCGCUGCCGGGCUUUUCGCUUUCGUCUUGCGCCGCCGCCGGAGGAAGCUGCCGUUCCGCGGCCCACGGGCGGAGGGGGCCGACUUGGGCGGCGUGCCGCUGCGCUGCCCGCGGCUCUUCGAGGAGGGAGGAGGCGGCGGCGGCGCCGGUGGUGGGGGUGGGGAGCGCUCCCCGGAGAAGGCGCCCCCGGCGGGACACGUCUACGACUACAUCCCGCACCCGGUGACCCAGAUGUGCAACAACCCCAUCUACAAGCCGCGGGAAGAGGAGGAGGAGGCGGCGGCGAGCGGCGGAGGGGAGGCGGCGGAGCUGCUGCGGGGCGGCGGCGAGCGCUUCACCCACGCGGGUACCGCCGCGCAGGAACCGGGCAGCAACUACCGCACUUUGCUGGAGAAGGAGCAGGAGUGGAGCUUGGCCGUGUCCAGCUCGCAGCUCAACACCAUCGUCGCCGUCCAUCCCCAGCACCCCGCAGGCGGAGGGCUGCCAGCGGGCGGCGGAGGGCUCGGCGGGGCGGUGGCGGCGGUGGGAGGCGGCCCGAGGGACCGCGACCGUCCGCCGCCCUGCGCCGUGGGCUUCGUAGACUGCCUGUACGGCACCGUGCCGAAGCUGAAGGAACUGCACGUUCACCCCCCUGGCAUGCAAUACCCGGACCUGCAGCAGGACGCCAGGCUGAAAGAAACCCUUCUCUUCGCGGCCGGCAAGGGCUUCUCUGACCACCAAACCCCCACAAGCGAAUACCUCGAGUUAAGGGCCAAACUCCAAACCAAGCCGGAUUACCUCGAAGUCCUGGAGAAGACCACAUAUCGGUUCUGACCGCCGCCCCGCCGCCCGCCCCGGCACCGCCGCAUGCGAGUAGAGGAUCCAGCUGUGUGCUCUCCCCCCCGCCAGAUGUGCGCGCUGCGGGGCAGGGCCCUUCUCAGCUCGUUAAUCGAUGAAGUGCCUUCGCAGACUUUUGCCAGCAGAUGUUAAUCAAUCAUUAUUUUUUUAUACUGAAACUGAGACUUUGACUGUGCCAUGUCUAAGGAAGCUUCCUUUUCCUCGUGUACUGGAAUCGUUUGGGGGAUGAUUUGCUCUGGAAGUGGUGACAAUAUUUAACUGUGCUAUCUGAUGUGUGUUAUGAUGGCUUCUGUUUUGCUCUUUCCCUGUGUUGAGCUGAGGCUGGGUGAGUGGCAGCAUUACUUUCCACUACAGGAAACAAAAGUGGGUCCAUCCUCUCUGAUCUGUGGCAAGGUGACUCUUUACAUGCUUCAACUUAGUUCAUUCAUAAUUAAAGGGAGCAUUAAUGAUGAUUCUGUCAUUAUCAGCAGCAUUAUUGGUAGCAUUUAUGGUAUUGGGAAGGAAUGAAAUAAAGUCAAAUGAUCUGCUUUUAAAUGUAGAGGUGUUUGAUGGGAUAGUAUUUUAAGUUGGCAUUUUUGUAGCUUCCAUCAUUGUUGUACAAGUACCUGGUGUUGGUUGGCUUCAGCAGCUCAGCUUGUGGUGGUGCUCAGAACCUGGCAGCAAAUCUUUUAUGCUUUGUUUGGUUUGUUCACUCUCUGAAUAUAUUGAAAUGUGUUGAAUAUAUAUUGAAAUACAUUGAAUAUAUGUUUAAAUUCUUCCUACAGGUGGAAAAGAGAAAGAAAGGCCAGUGACCCCAAUACCUGGCUGCUUUGGAAUGUGGAUAGUAUUGGCAAGCAGAGAAAAUAUGAGUGGUGUUUUGCACCUCAAGACUCCAUUCUGUAAGAGGUACCGACUGGAUUGCCUACCUGUAACUCAGCUGUGUAAGCAGCCUCCCAAGCUUAGCCGUGGUGGUAUUACAGGCCUUGUGCUUUGCCAGCCCCUGCAAGCCUGCCAAAGUCUGUUAAAGCCUUCAGAGCACAAAACACUGAUCAGAUGGAUCUCUAACAGGUAUGCACCAGGGACGAAGCAGAGAUGUUCCUUUUGCAACAACCCAAAAUCAGUUGCUGUUGACUGGAAGCAGUAGUAACUGCCUCUGUGUUGUAACUGCUGGAGCAGGGUGUCUGAUGUCUGCAAUGGGAGUGUGUAGGGUCCAUACAAACCCACUGUGUGUAUCUAUGUGUGCCUAUGCAGCUAGAUGCUAACAGGGUCAAGCAUAGAUACUGCUUUUUGGAAAGUUCUGGGAGAUCCAGGUGUGUGGCCAGCUUCAAACUGCUCCUUAAAGUAUGAGUAUUUCGGUGAUGAAAAAAGAACAGCUGAAAACAGGGGAGCUAAAAAUGGCUACCUGCAGACCUACAUUCUCAAUAUAGGUCAGUGGAGGCACUUCUCAGAUACAUUAGCAUUUUGGACACUUCAUCUUAGCAGCAUAUUGUGUGUCCUAGAAUAGGUUAGUGGAGGCAAUGGAGGAGGAAUUGCUGCUUCUGAAGUCAUUCAGAAGGGUUGCCAAGUUCCUCAGGAAGCAGAAUGGCAGAAAAACGAGUAUUAUAUUUAAUUCAGGAUGGGAAGGCAACCGUGGGGAGUUCAGCAGAGGCAACUCAGAUUAUCUUGGCUCUGUGGGGGAGGGAGAAUUGCUGUCUGCAGCUAGCUGAAGAGAAGCGAGCCCUGCGUGCGUUCGUGUGUAUAUAUAUUUCUAUAUAUGUAUAUACAACUCUGUGUAUGUGUACAGAGCACUCUGUAUAUAUGUAUGUAUGUACAUGCCUACCAUGUAUAAUAUGUGUAUCUAGAGAUAUCUAUACAUUUAUAGAAAUUUAUAUUUCUCUAUAUAAAUAUUCAUGCAACUAUGGCAAACAACACUUCCACCGUGUGUCCUUUUCUUUAACACCCCACCCCCCCCCCCCCCAAAAAAAAAAGCUGCUUCCAUUAAUCUCACAUCGCCACAGAUGUCUUAAGCUAUCUUCCCUGUGUAGAAACGCGUGUUGCUUAGUGGUUCAGCACAAGCCUGGAAGGUUUUGACUAUUCCAGAGGACUGGCAGUAAAUCAUUAGCUGCUCCACAGCUGUUCUACAUUUGUGAAAUAAAAGCGGUGGCCAAAAUGACUCAGGGCUGGUUUGAAAGGCAAAGAAAGGAGGCUGUUGACUGUUUGUGCUCUGGAAAGCUCUGUUGUGCUCGUUGAGUUUGGAUGGUGAAAGCAGCGCUGGUAAUUAUUCUGGUUGCUGUUAAUGUCCCUCUGAACUGCUACUGAACAGAGGCAAACCUGAGGAAUUUUCCUGCUCUCGAGUAAGCUGUCUGAAGCCUGAUUAUGUUGACUCAGUGAUGUAUGGAUUUCCAUGUAGAGUUAGGAUGCCAGGCUGUAAAUCAAGACUCUUAACUCAGUGAGUGUGUGGUUGUUCAGGAUGUGUCUUUUGUGUUACCCUUGAUUGGAUACAAUUUCACUUCAUCGUCAGAACAAGCGAAACCUUAAUUCCUGAUAAGCUCAAAGAAGUUCUCAGCUGGGAAUCCAUUCAUAUCAGGGUGAAUUUUGCACUUGACUGCCAUGGGGUUGAAUCAGCUCAGAGUGUUUCAUGAAGCACUGACAUAACAAUCUUGUAGUUGUGCAACUCUUGAGUAAAAUUGUAAUUUUGUAAUAAAAGUGAGCCUAAAAAUGA